AUGUCAGUGACAGUCCAGCCCAGCCCAACUGCAGCGGCGACCGAGUUGACCGUCCAGUCGGAGCGUGCUUUCCAGAAGCAGCCUCACAUCUUCCAGAACUCGAAGACCAAGACCAAGAGCACCCGACCGGGCAAGGGUGGUCGACGAUGGUACAAGGACGUCGGUCUGGGUUUCCGAACCCCCAAGACCGCCAUUGAGGGCAGCUACAUCGACAAGAAGUGCCCUUUCACCGGUCUCGUCUCUAUCCGUGGCCGUAUCCUAACCGGUACCGUCGUUUCCACCAAGAUGCACCGCACCAUCAUCAUCCGACGGGAGUACCUUCACUUUAUCCCCAAGUACUCCCGUUACGAGAAGCGACACAAGAACGUUGCCGCUCACGUCUCCCCCGCUUUCCGUGUUGAGGAGGGUGACCAGGUCACCGUUGGCCAGUGCCGACCCCUCAGCAAGACUGUCCGCUUCAACGUCCUGCGUGUCCUGCCCCGAACUGGCAAGACUGUUAAGAAGUUCUCCAAGUUUUAA